AUGACACAAUCAAACGAAACAGGCCGCACCUCCUCCAGCGGACAAGACCACGUGGACAUUAAAGGGUUACUAUCACCUAAGAUUUAUGACACUAUCUGGAAGGUUGCAGCUCCAGCCUUGAACAAGGAAGAUCCUCCAACCGAGUUUCCGCACUACACUACUCCAGGCACUGACAAGUACGAGUACGUGCCGGCAUUCAAGUGGACUUCAGGUUUCUUUCCUGGUAGCAUAUGGGCUUUAUAUGAGAGACAGCUGAAGAAAAACGGUGACGCCGAAUCAACUACUGUAAGCAGUGAGCAGUUACUGAAGGCUGGUCGUCACUGGGAAUCUGGUCUUGUUGAGCAACAAUUUAAUACCAAUACUCACGAUAUUGGAUUCCUGAUUAUGCCUGCAUUUCAACGUGAUUACGAGCUCACUGGCAAUGAAGCGGCCUUAGAUAUCAUCAUUCAGGCUGCAAAGUCAUUGACAACUCGAUAUAGCUCUAAGACAAAAGCCAUCCGAUCCUGGAAUGAGAAGGUCAGCAAAUCAUACUCAUACACCGACAUGAACAAGCACUUCCUUGUCAUCAUUGAUAACAUGAUGAAUUUGGAGCUUCUUUACUACGCUGCGGAGAAGAGUGGCAAUAAAGAGUUCUAUGACAUUGCCACCACUCAUGCAGAGACAACUCUAAAGAAUCACUUCAGACCUGAUAACUCGAGCUAUCACCUUGUAGUGUAUGAUACACAAACUGGAGAAGUCACAGGUAAAAUGACUCACCAAGGCUAUGCCGAUGACAGUACCUGGAGUCGUGGUCAAGCAUGGGCGCUAUACGGUUAUGCUGUUACUUACAAGUACACUAAGGAUCCCAAGUUCCUAGAGGCUUCCAAGAAGUUCACGGAAAUGUUUCUCUCUAAACUUGCAGAGGAUGGUACUGUAUACUGGGACUUUGAUGUAGAGCGACCGACAUAUUGGGAUGUGUCUGCUGCUAUGAUUGCUUGCUCUGGUAUGCUUUUACAACAGCAGUUAGACCCAACCUUGAACUAUUUACCACACAUCUCCAAAAUUUUGUCUCGUGCAAUUACUGCUUCCUCUGGAAAUGGAGAUACUAUCCUGGAACAUAGCACUGUCAACAAUAAUGCUGAUGCCAUGCCAGGUCUCAGAAUUGCUGAUACAGGUUUGGUUUAUGCCGACUACUAUUUUAUUGAGACAGUUAAUAGACUACUAGACAUGGGACUUAUCAAUUAG